AUGGAGUCUCUCGUUCACCUUCAGCCAGAGAAAGAUGAACAUAAAUCGUUCAUGAUUCUCCCGAUUACGACUGAGGAGGAAAUGCAAAGGUUUGUAAUAGAACCAAUGGCGAAGGAAGGCUGGCGGCCGGGCUUAAAAGACGCCGAGUGUUUUCUCGCUUGUGACCCCACGGCAGCUUUUGUUGGCGAACUGAACGGGAAACCCAUAGCCACAGUAAGAAUCUCAAAAUAUGGCGACAGCUUUGCUUUCAUUGGAGCUUACCUGGUGGAUAAGGAAUAUAGAGGAAAGGGAUACGGCUUGAAGAUCUUCAAUGCCGCCGUGUCAAGUGUGAAGCCAACCAGCAACAUCGGAUUAUAUGCUUUCCUUCACCUUGAGAAAAUGUACGAAAGAGGCGGAUUCCGAAGUUACUUUUAUGCAGCGCGCUAUGACUUCCAUCUCCCAACAGCCAUGGCUUGUUUUCCAGGAAUAGUGAAGAAAAUCUCUGUAGAAGUAAAAGCUAUAGAGGACGUAGAACUAGAGAACUUAUUCCUGUACGAUAGGCAUGUGUUUGGCUUCGAACGUAGCGCGUUCUUAUCGAGAUUGCUUCGUGCAGCGGGUACCCUCGGAUAUGUGGCCGUCAACCGUGAAGGCUCCAUUGUGGGUUACAUUUCUGCCCGACCGACUUUUCUCAAAGAGGAAGGAAAACAUUGA